AUGGCCUUUGGCGGCUUUUUCGGCGGCGGUUCGUCCAAAGACAACUCUUCUUCGUCGACAUCAUCAUCCUCCGACUCUUCGUCCACAUCCGUCACGAACCCUCUAUCCUCCUCAUUCUCGUCUACUGGCGGUACAACGACGACGCCGGGCGUGACACUCCAGCGCAUCCAGUCCGCCAUCAGCGAGCAAUCCAACGUCGCCAACGCAAAGCAGCUAAUCUCCAAUGUCCACACGAAUUGCUUUGAGAAAUGCGUCCCCAAUCCCGGCAGCAGUCUGAGCUCGGCAGAACAAAAGUGCCUGACCGCGUGUAUGGAGAAGUAUAUUGAUGCAUGGAACGUCACGAGCCGGACAUACACAGCGAGGUUGCAGAGGGAGAGCGCAUCGUUGGCCGGUGGAAUUGGGGGUGCCGGCGCCGGAGGGGGAAAGGAGCUUUUUUGA